GUGCUGCCGUUUCGUUUUUGACAGCUGCACGAGCUGCGCGCUGCAUGUGUAUGUGUGUGCGAAAAUAUUAAUUGAUACCUGGCGAUGCAGUGCCGUGUGAAAUACGUCAGAGCUGUUUGUUUUCAAAUUUAGACGAUUUAAAAUCUUAAGCAAAAUUUAUGUUUUCGGCCAAACUCUAUUGUUAUUUAAAAAAAAGAGACGUGCAACGCACACACCGACAGCCUACGGCAAAAAAACACACACACACAUGCAUAUGCCAUAAAUUGAAGUGUAUUUGUAAUAUUGUAUUGUUGGAAAGAAAGCACACGCACACUGCGAAAUACGAAAAGAAUUUAUUUUUUUGCGAUUUCGGUUCCGUUUGAUUUGGAUACCCUGUGAUCACCAACCUGCUCAACGCCCUUGCCGCCCACCAUCCACCCAACACCACCCCAGUUCGAUUCGCAAUCGGGAGCGGAGAGCGAGCGGCCCAGAAAUAUAUUUAUUUAUAUUUUUUGACAGCACUGACAAGCAAGAAUUUGUUUUUUUUUUGCGAGCAGCACAACACUUUCCAACGAACGAAAUAUAAAAGAGAGAGAGAAAGAGAGAACGCCGCCCAGCCGAUGGAACGGUGAUCCAGUAGUCCAGUAAAAGUAAACCAAUUCCACGUUUCCGAUCCUCCGCGGAGGAGCCGCCGAUUUCAGCACCAUUCAAGUGCCGAGUAAAAUGGAAAUAGAAACAGAUCAGUCUAUUGAAGCAAUGGACACCCAGGAUACCCAAGAGGUCGAGAUCCUCACCAGCGACCUCCAGCAACAACAACAGCAACAGACCCCGCAACAGCAGCAGAAUUCGCCACCCCAGUUGCCCAAGUUCAAAAAUCUUAUCCAGCCGCAAUUGCACGCCGUGGGAGCAGUCACCCAAUUGCCCAGCGAGAACGGCAAUGUGCCGCCACAGCAACUACUCGCAGACAGCAGCUCCACAUCCUUUGGCCAGGACGCCGAGGCCAUGGGCAUGGACGAUGAGUCCAAGGAGGAUCAGUUCCGUUCAGAGACCACCUUUGCCUUCACCGUGGAGAAUGUGGGUCAACUGAAGUCGCAGAGGCUAUCGCCGCCGGUCUAUGUGCGGAUGUUGCCUUGGAAGAUCAUGGUCAUACCCAAUGAUCGGGCGCUGGGCUUCUUCCUGCAGUGCAACGGGGAGAAUGAUUCGCCCACCUGGUCUUGCAACGCCAUUGCCGAGCUGCGACUCAAGUGCCACAAGCCGGAGGCACAGCCCUUCACGCGGGCCCGCAUCAAGCAUUUGUUCUACUCGAAGGAGAACGACUAUGGUUACUCGAACUUCAUCACCUGGCAGGAGCUGCAGGAUGCGGACAAGAACUAUGUGCACAACAACAGCAUCACGUUGGAGGUACAUGUCAUUGCGGAUGCUCCGCAUGGCGUGCUUUGGGACUCCAAGAAGCACACUGGCUAUGUGGGCCUGAAGAAUCAGGGGGCCACCUGCUAUAUGAAUUCUCUGCUGCAGACUUUGUAUUUCACCAACUCCUUGAGAUUGGCCGUGUACCGUAUUCCUACGGAGGCGGAUGAUAGCACCAAGUCAGUGGGACUAUCGCUGCAGCGGGUGUUCCACGAACUCCAGUUUGGUGACCGACCCGUGGGCACCAAGAAGCUAACCAAGUCCUUUGGCUGGGAGACACUUGACUCGUUCAUGCAGCACGAUGUCCAGGAAUUCCUGCGCGUGCUGCUCGACAAGCUGGAGUCCAAGAUGAAAGGUACCUGCCUGGAAGGCACCAUUCCGGGCCUCUUCGAGGGCAAAAUGUCAUCAUACAUCAAAUGCAAGAAUGUCGACUACAACAGCACUCGCUACGAGACCUUCUACGACAUUCAGCUGAACAUAAAGGACAAGAAGAACAUCUACGAGUCCUUCCAGGACUACGUGGCCUCAGAGACAUUGGAGGGCGACAACAAAUACGAUGCUGGUGUGCACGGCCUGCAGGAGGCCAGCAAGGGCGUCAUCUUCACGUCAUUCCCGCCUGUUUUGCAUCUGCACUUGAUGCGCUUCCAGUACGAUCCCAUCACGGACAGCUCGAUCAAGUACAACGAUCGCUUUGAGUUCUACGAGCAGAUUAACCUGGAUCGCUACUUGGCUGAGGGCGAGAAGACCUCGGCGGACUACGUCCUACACGCAGUGCUGGUUCACUCUGGCGAUAACCAUGGCGGCCACUACGUGGUCUUCAUUAAUCCAAAGGCGGACGGACGCUGGUUUAAGUUCGACGACGAUGUGGUAUCGAGUUGCCGCAAGCAGGAGGCGAUCGAACAGAACUACGGCGGCAUGGACGACGAGAUUUCCUUCCAUGCCAAGUGCAGCAAUGCCUACAUGUUGGUCUACAUCCGGCAGUCGGAACUAGAGCGUGUCCUGGGCGACAUACCCGAGAACGAGAUCUCCAGCGACCUGGUGGAGCGGCUCGACCUAGAGAAGCGCAUCGAGAUGGCGCGUCGGAAGGAGCGCAGCGAGGCCAACCUUUAUGUGUCCGUGCACGUGAUCCUCGAGGAGUACUUCGAGGGCCAGCAGAAGCGUCGUCUCUUCGACUUAGAGAAGACCCAUCAGCGGCCCUUCAAGCUCAAGCAGAAUCAGACCGUGGACGAGCUGGUGGACAUGUUCGUCAAGGGCUUUGGCGUGUCGCGCGAUCGCAUGCGCAUCUGGAACAUGUGCACCGCCCAGACGCAGAAGUUCUUGCACUUUGACUUUGAGGCGGAGGCGUCCCGCACCAUCGAGCAGAUCCCCACGUCACAGAAGCCUUGGGUCAUCUUCCUUGAGCUGGCCUCGCCGGAAAGUCCUGCUCCCCUGCCGCCCUUCAAUCCCAAGUCGGAUGUCCUUCUGUUCCUCAAGUACUACGAUGCGCGAAACAAGCGCCUGAACUACAUUGGAUGCACCCAGCAGCCGCAGAGCCGCCGUCUGAUUGAUUUGGUGCCGGAUGUCAACCGGAAACUGGGCUUCGAGCCGGACACCGAGCUGACCAUAUACGACGAGUAUGCCGACAAGAAGGUGGUCAAUCUGGGCGAGCCCAUUGAGAGCGUGCUGUUCAUACCGCAAGACCACCUCCAGGGCCACAUCCUCAUCUUCGAGCGCGAGGGCGUGGACGCCAAGUUGGAUCUACCUACGGUGGAGGACUACUUCCUCGAUCUGGUCUACCGCAUCGAGAUAAUCUUUAGCGACAAGUGCAACCCCAACGAGCCGGACUUCACGCUGGAACUGUCGAACCGCUAUAACUACGAGCAGCUCACCAAUGCGGUGGCCGAGCGCUUGAACACCGAUCCCCAAAAACUCCAGUUCUUUAUGUGCAUCAACAACUACAAGGAGACGGCGGGCAAUGCAGUGCCCUACACAUUCAAGGGCACUAUCAAGGACCUGGUAUCGUACACCAAACAGAGCACGCCCAAGCGGAUCUUCUACCAGCGCCUGUCGCUCAGCAUCCACGAGCUGGACAACAAGAAGCAAUUCAAGUGCGUCUGGGUGAGCAGCGACCUCAAGGACGAGAAGGAGCUGGUGUUGUACCCGAACAAGAACGAUACGGUUAAGGGUCUUCUGGAGGAGGCGGCCAAGAAGAUAACGUUCGCUGAGAACAGCCGCCGAAAGCUGCGCCUGAUGAAGGUCAGCAACCACAAGAUCGUGACGCUCUGCAAGGACGACAUACCGCUGGACACGCUGUUGAAGACCAAUGAGUCGAUCACGACCACACAGGGCGCUCAGAAGACUUAUCGCAUCGAGGAGGUGCCGGCGGAGGAGAUGCAGCUGGCGGAGAACGAGUUCCUCAUCCCAGUGGCCCACUUCAGCAAGGAGCUGUACAACUCGUUCGGUGUGCCCUUCCUCACCAAGGCGCGCCAGGGCGAGCCCUAUGGCGCUUUAAAGCAGCGCAUCCAGAAGCGACUGAAUGUGCCGGACAAGGAGUGGGAGAACUACAAAUUUGUCGUGAUCACAAUGGGUCAUAAUUCGGAUGUUAACGACAACACGCCCAUCGACCUGGAAGUGUAUCGCUCGUGGACCAGCGGUCAGUUGCCCUUCUUCGGAUUGGAUCACAUCAACAAAUCACGCAAGCGCAGCUCGCUUAACUUUUCCGAGAAGGCCAUCAAGAUAUACAACUAGGAUGUUAUGCAGCAGGGAAGGGCGACACGGAAAACGGCUGCCUGUUAUAAGGAUAAGGAACAGGAGCGCCUUUGUUUUUGGAAGUGGGAAGGGGGUUAAUGAUUAAGGAUUGUGAGAUGGAAUAGUGGCAUGAAAUGAAUAGCUGGCUGGCUGGCUGACGGACGUAGUCCUCCAAAAAUUAAACCAAGUGAAGCAGCCCGAAGUCGCAUUUUCACGCCCCUUUCCUCUGAACCGCCCACACACACACAGAACUUACCCCAUUUACUUUAAAUUUAAACAGUUUAUAUUUUGUAAUCUAAUUGCUAAGUCAAAUAUAAUUAUUUAUUAACACCCCGCCAUCGAUGGCAACACGUAACAGAACUGGCCACGCCACGCACACCAGCUCCUUCCUGAUUACUUUAGGCCACCCGAUACCGUUUCCGCUUACGAUUCCGCUUCCGAAUCCUGACCAAAAUAUCCAGCUUUUCGCGUCGAGUCCCCUAAAAGUUUACCGACUUAUUGCUUGGAUUAAUAUAACUUCAAUUUAGACUUAGGCUUUUACGUGUGUGUGUGUGUUUUCUAUGCUAUAAUAUUCUUAAUCGAUAAUUGUUUAAUCGCAGGCAGAAGUGAACUCGAAACGGAACGAAUCGGUUACUUUUGUCUAAAUGUAAAUAAGCGUUCGUUGCAAGUUGCCCAUUAAAACACAUAUGUAACAAAGUGGAGGCGAGAGAAAAACCCAAAAGUAAAAGAAAACAAAGGAAGAACCUAAACUAAAUAAAACCAACAAAAGAUACAUAUAUAUAUAUAUAAAUAUACGAGAGAGCUGUAAACAAAUAAACGCAACUAAGUAACAAGUUUAACUUUAAACGAAACAAACGAUUAACAAAAAGUCAUUAAGUCGCGCUAAGCGAUACAAAGAAAGUGACGGAGACAGUUGAUAUAUUCAAGCAGCAGAUCGAAAGAGACAGCAAAAAGGAGAUGAAAAAUAUAAGAUUUGUUUCAAACAAUUAUUUGUGAUUUUUAAACAUGAAAUGAUAAAAAUAUAUGCAAAGGACUAGACAACAUAAUAUUAAUUAAUAAAUUACUAUAAUACACA